GCCAGGAAAUUCUCCACCUCUGACUGCUUCCCGGCUAGGGUUUCUCCACACCUCCCGAUUCCCAAAUCCUUCUCGUUUGCUAAGGAGUGGAGUGCUCGCGAGUGGAGGAGUACCUACGCUGAGAUCAUCAAGAUGGCGGGUGGAGGCUGGGGUGGAGGUCGUAGGCCAAACCCCAGGCCUGGUGGGGGUGGUGCGGCCGGGGGCGGACCUAUGGCCUUCCACCAUGGCGGAGCCCCUACCCCCCUGCCCUCCUCGGUUGGGCAAACUGCGCAGGCUCAGAUCCAGUACCAGGGCCCUGGGAUGACCUCUGGCGCUCCCCCUGGGGUCUGGAACUCUCCUCAGUUUGGGCAGUGGCCACAGUUCUUUCUUCCUCAACACCAAAUGCAACAAUUGAUGCCACAGCAACAGAUGAUGCAGCAGAUGGGGCCUCAGUUUGGGUUCCCAGGUCAGUUCUUCCCGCAGCAGAUCUUCCACCCGGAGAUGGUUGUUACCAUGGGGGCGGGCUCCAGCUCUGUACCUCAAUCUGGGGAGAACCAACCUCAAAAUCAAAGGAAGAAGACCCAGAAAAAUCAGAGAUAUCGUGGAGCUGUGGAAACUGCUGGGGAGAAAUCCAAUCCUGUGCAAGUUGCAUGUGUUGAAGCUGCUGUGAAUUAUGACAUGAGACUGAAGGAUGUCAUUUGCUACAACUGUGGUGAGUCGGCUCAUUAUGUGGGGCAGUGCGUCGCUGCCAAACUGUGCUUCAUCUGUCAUAAGGUCGGGCAUCACAUGGAUGCCUGUCCUAACUGGUUUAAACCUCUCCCUGCUGCUACGUAUCUUGGCAGUGCUAAUGUGGGUUUGGGUUUUUUCCACAUUGAGUGCAGUGGGGCGGAUGACAACAAAUGGCUGAACCUCUCCAAUGUUGGGAUUGCAGUCAUUGAGGAAGGGUCUGUUACUGUCCAAGAACUUAAGCAAAAUUUCUCAGAGAUCUGGAGGACUAACUGGCCGUGGCAGAUUAGAAAGCUGAGUGAGAAGCAGUUCCUAGUUAGAUUCCCCCCUCACAUGAAGGUCAAAGAUCUUAUUGAGCUGCCUUCCAUCAACCUAAAGAAGAAGGGAGUCACUGUGUCCUUUAUGAAGUGGGAGGGAGAGAUUGAAUGCUAUGCAGAGACCCAAGAUGUCUGGAUUAAUGUGACGGGCCUGCCUCCAAAGUGGAUCACUUGGAAGGUUAUCUCCCAAGUUGAUUCUAUGUUUGGGAUCCUGACUAAUGUGGACUGGCAGGAGAUUUUCAGAAGCUUUUUCAAGAAUGUAACCAUCCAAGUGGCUGUUAGAGAUCACUCCAAAAUCCCAAAAGAUAGGCUGGCGGAGAUUGAGAAGGAGCUAUACUUACUCCAGUUCUCCCUGGUCACUGAUCAUGUGGAUGCUGGGGAUAAUCUAGUGAUCCCUCUAGUGAUAAUAGGGGAGAUGACCUAUUGGAUGAUAACUCUGGGAAAAGUGAUGGAAAUGGCAGAAGGAGAGCUAUGGACACUAAAAAAAUGUUGUAAAUGGAAAUGGUGGUGGUUCAUCAACUCCUGCUGCUGGAGGUCCAACUACUGGGGGUGCUGGCAAAAGUAAAACUACAGGACAAUGUGUUGAAACUGAGGUGGUGGUGAAUAAUUUUAACUAUGGAGGAAGCCCAGCCCUCAAGGGCAAGUUUGGCAGAUCUGCAUCCACUGCUAAGUUCAAAAAACCUGCUGAGAAUAUUAGUGCUGCUCUGCUGACAAGAUUUGAAGAUGAGGCCGAGGAAGGUUCCAACAACCUGGAUCUCUCAGAUUACCCACUUUUCUCUGGUGGACCUCUCAUUCCUAUGGCUCGUAGUUCUAUGACUGGCAAGAAUGCAUGGGGGCCUGUAGUUGCUCCUAGGAUGAGUAACAGAAUUCAGAGAGAUGGGAAAAAUGCUAUUCAGAGAGCUUCUGAUUUGCUAAAAGUCAAAAACCUCGAAAUUCCUAAGACAAGUAACAAUCUCCCUUGCUCUAAUAAUUCAUUUGCUGUUCUGGCAGAUGAUAAUCUGCAGAUGAAAGCUUUGGAUGCUGGCAUUAGCCUUGGCAAGGAUUAGGAGAAUAUCCUACACAACAUUGUUGUUAUUAAAAACACUGAAUGUAUUAGAGUAGCUAGGUUUAAAAUUGACAAUCCCGAUGCAUUUCUUCCUCAUAACAUUGACAUUAGUGAAGAAGAAUAUGCUAGGGGAUUCUCCAAUUGUGGAGAUGAUGGUGAUUUAGAGACUCACACUAGUGAGUGCUCUGAUCUGGAUGGGACCUGGGUACAAGUGUCUUCCAAGAGGAGUAGUAAAAGGAUGAUGCCCUAUGCUUCCAUGGUAGUAGGAUUAAUUUGGAAUAUUAGAGGCCUCAAUAAGCCUGACAAGUGUAAGCUAGUGCAUGAACUCAUUAGAGAUACAUGCCCUGACAUUAUUGUUUUUUCUGAAACUAAAAAAGAUAGUUUUACCUCUUCUCAACUAUCCUCUUUGGAUGGGGGAGGCUCCUUCUCCUGGGAGUGGCUUCCUGCAGUUGGGACAGCUGGGGGUAUACUAGUGGGGGUGAGAUAUGAGAAAUUUGACAUUAUUUCCAGUAAUAUGUUCAACUUCUCUGUCUCUUGCAUCCUGCUUAGUAAGGUAGACAAACAUUUGUGGAGAUUCAUCUCUGUUUACGGCUCAGCUUACGAAGAGCAUAAACUUGAAUUUGUUAAUGAACUGCACAAUGUUAUGAACUGCUGGUCCGGUCCAACUUUAAUUGGAGGGGACUUUAAUUUAGUUAGAUCCUCUGAGGAUAAAAGUAAUGGUAUGGUUGACCUGCACUGGGUGGAUUUGUUCAAUGACUGGAUCAACUGUAUGAGGUUGGUUGAAUUGGUGAACUCUGGUAGAAAGUUCACCUGGGCCAAUAAUCAGGAUAAUCUGAUCAUGACUAACAUAGAUAGGGUCUUUGUGUCCACCUGCUGGGAGCAGAUAUAUCCUGCAGUCAUGCUUAAAGCCCUUCCCAGGGUUGGUAGCGAACAAACUCCCUUGGUUUUGACACUGGUGCUAUUAAGCCGCCCGGGGAUAAAAUCUUUAGAUUAGAGAAGUGGUGGUUUGAGAUUGAGGGGUUUACUGGGAUUGUGGAGAAAUCCUGGAACUCACCCUAUGAUAUAGCUGAUCCUGCUGCUAGGUUUCAGUUUAAACUUAGGAGGCUAAGGAAGUGUUUGAGGGGGUGGAGUGCUAAUGUAGAGGCUGAACAGAACAGACAUAAGAAGCACUUAGUGGCUGAGUAUGAUCUGCUGGAUGUUAUUGCUGAAACACAAAUUUUAUCCCCUCAUUCUAAGCAAAAGAUGUCCGAUCUUGCAGGUGAACUCCGAGUGAUUUGGAUGAAUGAGGAGAUCAAAGCAAGACAGAGAUCCAGGGAGAGAGAUAUCCUUGAAGGACGUGCUGAGAAACGCUGCAAGCUGGUGCGAUCUGUGGAAGGUGCUCUGCACUGGAGCAGAUCGGUCAAGGUUGAUGGAUGCCACCAAGGCGGUCUGGGAGCUUGCAAGAAGGCCUCCUAUGCUACUCUGGCCGAAUCCAGGCUGAAGAAGAAGGAUCAUGUGCCCCCCUCGAGGCCCUCCAUGCUUAAGUGUUGCACGAUGGGAGUGGGGUGUGAUGCUGUGGUGCUGACGCCCAUCUACCCCACCUGACUGGUCCUCCCUUCCCUUUCCUCAUUAGAGGUUUCUGUAUCAGAGUAGUGGGUUUUGCUGCCUGUGAAACUCUCUAUUCGUUCUGGAUGUUGGCGAGUGUGCCCCAUACCGAGUUUUGUAAAACUGAU